AUGAAGCUGGCCCGGCUCCUGAUGCUCCUGAGCGGGUGCGCGCUGCUGCUGGCCCCGGCGGUGCGGGGGUGCGGGCCGGGCCGGGUGGUGGGCAGCCGCCGGCGGCCCCCCAGGAAACUCAUCCCGCUGGCUUACAAGCAGUUCAGCCCCAACGUGCCCGAGAAAACUCUGGGCGCCAGCGGCAGGUACGAGGGCAAGAUCGCCCGGAACUCGGAGCGCUUUAAGGAGCUGACCCCCAACUACAACCCCGACAUCAUCUUCAAGGACGAAGAGAACACGGGAGCCGACCGCCUCAUGACCCAGCGCUGCAAGGACCGCCUGAACUCCCUGGCCAUCUCGGUGAUGAACCAGUGGCCGGGGGUGAAGCUGCGGGUGACCGAGGGCUGGGACGAGGACGGGCACCACUCGGAGGAGUCGCUGCACUACGAGGGCCGAGCCGUGGACAUCACCACCUCCGACCGGGACCGCAACAAGUACGGGCUGCUGGCGCGCCUGGCCGUGGAGGCCGGCUUCGACUGGGUCUACUACGAGUCCAAGGCCCACAUCCACUGCUCCGUCAAGUCAGAGCAUUCGGCGGCAGCGAAGACGGGUGGCUGCUUCCCUGCCCGGGCCCUGGCGACGCUGGAGAGUGGGGCGAGGACCCCGCUGUGGGCGCUGCGCCCGGGGCAGCGGGUGCUGGCUAUGGACGAGCAGGGCCGAGCCACCUACAGCGACUUCCUGGCCUUCCUGGACAAGGCGGCGUUGGCGCCCACCACCUUCCAUGUGAUCGAGACCCAGGAGCCACCCCGUCGACUGGCUCUGACCCCUGCCCACUUGCUGUUCGUGGCCGAGAACUCCACGGCGCCCGCUGCCCGCUUCCAAGCCGCCUUUGCCAGCCACGUGCGGCCCGGCCACUACGUGCUGGUGGCAGAGGUGGGGAUGAGCCUGCGGCCGGCCAGGGUGGUGGAUGUCUCUACCCAGACAGACUUCGGGGCCUACGCCCCCCUCACCCGUCACGGGACCCUGGUGGUGGACGACGUGGUGGCCUCCUGCUUCGCCUUGGUGCAGGAGCAGCGGCUGGCGCAGCUGGCGUUCUGGCCGCUCCGGCUGUACCACAGCCUGGCGGGCGGGCACAGGACGCAGCCGGAGGGCGUGCACUGGUACUCGGGGCUGCUGUACCACCUGGGCCGGCUGCUGCUGGCCCCAGAGAGCUUCCACCCGCUGGGGACGGCCCAGUUCGAGAGCUGAGGGCUGCCGGGGAGAGGAGCCAUCCACGCUCUGAAUGCCGCCUGCCCUAAAAGUGGGGCCGGCUGAGCCCGCGCAGGGCCCAGCCAGAGUGGGCAGGGAGGCUGGGGCACGUCCUCCCCUGGGCCCGGAUCCCGUGUGCCAGCGUGGCUGGGCACCACCACUGACAGACCCCUGUGGAGCCACCUGCCGGGGGCUGGGGGACCCGUCUCAUGUCCCCAGCUGCUCCGGGAGGCCUGGACCUGUGGGGCCCAGAUGCCAGUCUCCCUCCUCUGCGCUGGCGCCAGGGCUGCCCCGGCUCCCUGCCAGCCUGGGCUCUGCCAACCAGCCCAGGGCCCCGGGACAGGGGCUGCUGGGGGGGGCCCCCAGAUGAAUCUACAUGCUGCUAUUUUUGUGUGUGAUGCGAGUUCCAGGGAAGGUGGUGAAGGGGGAGGGGCCAGGCGGGAGCCGCCCCCAUGCUGGGGGCAAUGGCGGGGGGGGGUGUGGAUGUGCCCAGCACAGGGGCCGGUGGGGGGCAGGG